GUGAAAUAUGUGCUUUUAAAAUCCACGGACAAGAAAUGCCCUUUGAAGCUGUUGUGCUAAACAAGACAUCUGGAGAAGGUCGUCUUCGAGCAAAAAGUCCUAUUGACUGUGAACUGCAGAAGGAAUACACAUUCAUCAUCCAGGCCUAUGACUGUGGAUCAGGACCAGGUGGAACAAACUGGAAGAAAUCUCACAAGGCAGUGGUCCAUAUCCAGGUAAAGGAUGUCAAUGAGUUUUCACCAGCUUUCAAGGAGACUGUAUAUAAGGCCACUGUGACAGAGGGAAAGAUCUAUGACAGCAUACUGCAGGUAGAAGCCAUAGAUGAGGACUGUUCCCCACAGUAUAGCCAGAUCUGCAAUUACGAAAUUGUCACAACUGAUGUUCCUUUUGCCAUUGACAGAAAUGGUAACAUCAGAAACACCGAGAAACUGAACUAUGAUAAACACCACCAGUAUGAGAUAAUGGUAACAGCUUUUGACUGUGGGCAAAAACAUGCAACAGAAGAUGUCUUAGUACGAGUUAAUGUCAAACCAGUGUGCAAACCAGGCUGGCAAG